GGGCCUUUCUCUUCACCACAGUGUCAGGCCAGUCUGACAGCAGCAGCAGUGUGGUGGUUGCCGGUUACAACGUGAGUGCCCCCGCUGGGUCGCAAGUGGUACUGCAGUGUGUGAGUGGCCGAAUGGUGUGGACCAGGGACCGGCUGAAUGACAGACAGCGAGUGGUCCACUGGGACCUGUACCAUGCCAGGCCGGAAUAUGCCAUGGAGAGGGUGGCGGACAUGUUCUCUACGGGGGACCAGAGAAUCUAUAACUCCUACAACCAGGGCCGGGUCAGCCUAAGCCAGGCAGCCUUCAAGGAUGGAAACUUCUCCCUGGUCAUUCGAGAAGUGACCAUGAAUGACAGAGGGAUAUACUCCUGCAACCUCCACCACCACUACUGCCAUCUGUACGAGACCAUCAGAGUACAGCUCAACGUCACCAAGUCACGCCGUAAGGAGCAGCGGUUCUGGGACGGGCAGAAGGCGGUGUAUGUGGUGUUGCUGGGAAGCACGGUGGUGCUGCCGUGCGUCAACCGCCGCAGCGUGUGGACCGACGGCAGCAACGAGGAAGAGCAGCAGGUGGUCCACUGGGACCGCCAGUCGCCGGGGAUCCGUCACGACCGCGCGGACCGGCUGGUGGACCUGUACGCCUCGGGGGAGCAGCGCAGCUACGGACCCCUGUUCCUCCAGAAGAAGAUGAACAUCAGCAGCCAGGCCUUCUCCCAGGGAGACUUCUCGCUCACCAUAUCAGACCUGCAGCCAGCAGACCGGGGGGUGUACUCAUGCCAUCUUCAUCAUCACUACUGUGGUCUUCAUGAGAGGAGGGAGUUCCAGCUGAUGGUGGAACCACCCCCAGUCCAGACCACCCCACCACCCAGAGCCUUGCCCAGUGAAGACAAAGACACCACAAAGGCAGAGGCACCGCGAGUCAUCAACGUCAUCCUGCCCGACCAGAGACACCACUUCCUGCUGCCACUGGGCUACGUCCUGACCUCCUUUCUGCUCCUGGCCUUCAUCAUCCUCAUCAUCAUCCUCAUCACACGCCGGCGCAAAACCAGUGAUUUUUACCCACAGACAUCGAUAAGGUCCGUCAGAAGUCACAGCAGUCACAGCAGGAGUGAUGAGUUCGAGAUGGAGGUGACGGAGGUGAAGGCCUCUCCCCAGGAGGAGAGAUCAUUCGACUACAAGAACAACCUGCUGAAGGAGAAGGUUCAGAUAAACACUCUGCCUAAAGUCAUCGAUCUUGAUAAAGAAAUGGAGAAAUUUCGGAAAUGAGCGCGUGACAAAAGCAAUACAGCGGAUGAGAAGGGGGGGGGGCGCUGCUGGCUGGUCCAGAGGCUGGUUUCCAACCCAAACAAAUGCACAUUACCUCCACCUAGCGGCUGAAGUAAAGCUAGCACACACGAAAGAGCGAGCGAGAGAAUGGGACAAGGAGGCUCUAAAUCCCCCUCCAACUUUUGACUUUACAACAAACGGAGACGCGCCCGGACAACUCGCAGCAAGAGGCCUCGUUUUUUUUUUGUUUUUUUUUCUCCAACCAGUAUCGAAGAGCAUGUAAAAUUUGCACGCGUUUAACAGAAAUCGUAUCGUCCUUAUUUGACUUCAACUGAAAAAUGAAAAUAGGGGACAGGACCAUUGUGCACCAGCACUGUCUCGCUACCCAAAAAGACCUUUUAAAACAGCUUUCUAACUGUUGGUAAUGUUCUGUACGAACAGUCAGUGUUUACAUGGUACUUGAACCGAAUUCAGCCCGUCUCGCUAUGUAAAUGUUUAUUUAAACAUGUGCAGAGAGCCCCUAUUGCGGACCACACACACACACCGUCUGGUUUUGCAUCGCCCUCUUUGAGUCAAGGAAAGGGCUGGGUUUCAAAUAAACAAAUGAUCUGUAAAUGUUGUCUUGAGACAAUCCUCGAGGGAAAACGACAUGAGAUGUCCUUCCUUCCUUUCUUUUUUUGUUGUUGUUCUACGUUGUUAUUACGCGUUUCUUUCCCCAUUUCAUCUUAGCUUGACCGGUUGGGAUGAAAGGUCCUACUUGCACAGCAAAAUAUAUCUUCAUAGCUGCUUACUGAAGGUUAGGAAGCACCCUGCGAAAUGAAGCUGUCUUUGUGAGCAGGUUUUAUUCCGAUGCACAUAAUAAACCGUGUAUGUUUUUUCUCUGUAUGGGUUAAUUUUUUUUUUGGAGAAAAUAUUAAACUUUCAUGCUUGAAACUCACUUUUACCUGCAAGCUCUU